UUUUUGUGGCCCUAAUGGUCUGUCCUAAUUUUGAGAUUUAGCAAAAUGGAAAAAAGACAUCAUCACUUGCGUAUCUCUCUUGACAAAAAGAACGGCAUCAUGGUUGAUGAAACUUGUUGGCUCAAUUCUUUAAGAUUCAAAUGUUUAUAAAGAAAUUCUUUACAUUUACAGGAAGUUUUUGUAAACCUUUUGUCACCAUCAUACAAUAUCUUUGACAGUUCUACAUUUCUGAGGCUUUUGAUCACAGAUACCUUUUUGUCUUCUUUGUGGUCCAGUAAACAGAAAAGUGAGAGAGUUUAUGUCCGUCUCUGGUUCAUGUCAGGAAGUCAAGUUUCCCCUCCAGAACAUUCUGAAGCCGAAUUUCGACCUUCCCUCUGGGAAUGCAGAGCAUUCCCCCGUUAAGCCUGAGCUUGCUCUGGCGGUGUCCUCUCGCCUGACCCGCCUUCCGGACAGUGUUUCUGCGUGACACAGACAUGUGACGGCGCCGCACUUAACGGCGUCAUCCUCACCCCCGUCACGUUUCCAGAGCACAUAUCGAUCGGCAUUUCCCAAGAGCCAGCCGGGGUUUAUCGGCAGGCCGAUUGAUGGCAACAGAUGCUCACGCAUGCUUGUCCAGGAAGCUGACAUGUGUGUGUGUGUGUGUGUGUGUGUGUGAGGGGGGGGGUGUGUGUGAAACAAUCAUCCCUCCCUGUCCAAGAGGCAGGAUGCUGGCGCGGUAAAGUGUGCCAGGAGCUCGCCGCUUUCUGGCCACUUGCUCACCAACCUGUUACCUUCUGAAUCACACCGAGGCGGCUAGAUUGCACUCAGCUUUUCGUCAGACUGCCGGCUUUCCAGUGCCGGAGCGGAGGAGACAGGUCUGGAUGGAAACAUUAUGUGUCCUCGCUUAAGUCUUCAGACUCCUCAGGUAAAACUUCAAGCCUUGGCAGCGCUCCGUAGCCCCCUGUGUGGAUUGCCUCCCACCUAGUCAUUUCUCCCCCCUUAUCUCCGCGUCCACCUCUCUGUUUGUGAUGGAGACCACCCUGGAGACGCUGUUGCUCCAGCCUGAACAGGAACCGAGCCCCGAGCGUCUGGACGGUUGUGAGAGGUCAGCGGGACACUACAAGGUGGUUCCCUCCGUGGUGUGCUCCAUGUGCUGCCUCUUUGGCAUCAUUUACUGCUUCUUCGGUUAUCGCUGCUUCAAAGCAGUGAUGUUCCUCACGGGGCUCAUGUUCGGCUCCGUCGUCAUCUUCAUGCUGUGCUACAAGGAGCGCGUGCUGGACACCCAGCUGAGCGUGGAGGCCUCCGUGGGCAUUGGCCUCGGUAUCGGGACGCUCUGCGGCUUGGUCACCAUGCUGGUCCGCAGCGUGGGUCUGUUCAUGGUGGGCCUCUUGCUGGGACUGCUGGUGGCCGUGGCGACCCUGGUAGGCAUGGAAGAGCUCUCCGACAGCCCGCCGCGCUCCGUCUGGGUGCCCCUUGGCGUGCUGCUUGGCCUGGGCAUGCUGUUUGCCGUGUUGACCCUGCAGUGGCAGCGCCUUUUCACCACUGUGUCGACAGCGGUGUUCGGUGCAGCAGUCAUCACGGUGGCUUUGGACUACUUUGUAGAGCUCUUUGCCCUCGUGCUCUACAUGUACGAGCGGAUUAAAGCAGAGUCUGCUAAGCCUGUGUGCUGGAUGACAUGGGUGGUGCUGGGGGUGUGGCCAGCCCUCACCCUGCUGGGUGUCAUCAUUCAGUGGAAAGUGACUGCUGAGGGGUACUCCCACACUAAGGUAAUUAUCAGUCGUCAACAACGCAGGAUGCAGGUAAUGCGGAUUCGUCAGCGGGACGACCGCUACCGUAACAAGAAGAAGAAGAAGCAUGGCUCUUCCGCCAGUCAUCCUCAACAGGCAAAGCAAGUCAACGCAGAGCCGGUCUACCGUCGGAAACCUAACCCCAUUCGUCGCUAUGACACAGAUGUCCUUUCGCCGAGCUACAUCCAGAGUUUCCGAGACCGGCAAGUCCAGGGCCAGCCUUUUCCGGGCCGACCGGUUGCAGGCUCACACUCUGUUGUGGAGAUGGGAUACGACUGUGGCUCCACAACUCCUCUCACUGGAGCAGUGGGACCUCCUUUGCGGCACUGACCUUUCCUUGAACUUGCCACAAAACCAGACAAUAGACUCUCUUGUCAAAACCCAACCUGAGGGUAAUCACUCCGAUCAAGCUUUAGGGUGAAAGGAAAAGACGUGUGCAAAGACACUCCGGGUUUAGAUAACUCUAACAUUUAGGGCUCAUCUACCUUAAAUUUAGCAUCUCACACCCGUUAUUCCUUAACUAGUGGAAUCCAAAACUCAACUCUUCUUAUGGCUGCCUGUUGAAUCGUGAUGCAAAAUUUAGAUUAACCUUUUGUUUUUGUUUUUUUAAACAGAAAUUGAGAUGCAUGUCCACACUUGACACAAACACACAUUGCAGAUGCAAUCUUAUGGGUUCACGUGAUCCCAAGCAGCCUGCAGAACCCACCCCAGAACUGUACGUCUUCGUCUCAAGAAAACUAAAUCAGGGAUAAGGUGUCAUCUGAAACACCGCAGGUCCUAAUACUGUCUUGUAAAGGCAGUGUCACACAGCCACUACGUCCAUUUUGCGCAUUUUGCAAUUAAAAUUGGUCAUACAUAAAUAUACUCUGUAAAAGUGAGGAAAGUUGUGGGUCUUUAUGUGAAAUUUUCAAAGAUGUUUCAUGAAUAUACAACAUUAAAAUCAUGGAAAAAGUAUAAGUAAACCAUGCAAAGAACACGUUUAUCAACAUAGAACAUCAACCAUGUGUAAUUAUUGUACUGUUUAUAUUCAAUUUAUUAGUGAUUCAUGCAUCAAUUAUGUCAUCUUAACAUGUUAUGCCUCCUGUACACGCGAUAUAAAAGUUAUUUAUCGGUGGUACAUGCAUGAAAAGUCUGUUAGACAUAUGUUGCACGGUCGUGGAAAUCACGCACAAUUGCAUAAGAUUUACGUUAUAAUUGCGUGUAAACUUAGGUAAAAUAUGUGUAAACUGCCUAAUUCUCAACCAAUCAAAAAUUUUACUCUCUCCAAAACAAAUUCAUGUAAAGAUCCGUUGGACAACACUCUCGAUGGACAUCUGCGCACAUCUACGAACUCCACAAACAUUUAUGAAUUAAGUAUAACACGCAUGUAUCACGAAAGACCGAAAUUUCAUACCUGAAAAAUGUGCAUAAUUUUCAAAGUGGCUGUGUGACAUGGCCUUUAGACCCAUAACUCACUUAAUGUGCUGUUUCUACAACUAAGCUGUACAUGCAACUACAGUUUUGACCUCUAAGACUAGAGGGUCCUUAGAGAGCUCCUCCUGUAAGGGAGGGAAAUGCAAACCAGAAUCCAACUUUUUGCUUUUGUGCCAUCUGAACUACACAGGACCUCUUGGAAAUAACAAUUGUUUUUUAUAAAAAGGGGGAAUUUUCAUUCUUGGUGCUGGAUAAUACUCUACUUCAAGCGUCAAACUGCUCCACCAAUAUUUUUAAAAGGGGUGCCUUAGCCCCCCUAAGACUGCUUAACAGUGAAUACACAAGGGGGAUUAGUGGUAGAUUUCCCCCCACCUGAGAUUUUUGUGGGUCUUUUUUCAUGUAGGGGUGGGAGUUGCCACAGUUUUGAAACAAGGGGAGUGUUUACUCUAUUUUAUGUGUUCUAAAAUGCCGAGUAAAAAAGGAGCUGUAUUUACACUGGCACCUGUGUCUGGUUUGACCCAAGAUGAGCGGGAAAAGAUUUUUGCAUGUUCAAAUGUUCCGUAACUCUGAUCAUUUGGAUUUUAAUGACAGCAGAGCAAACAGGCUUCUUCAGAAAUUCCAAAAGGUCAAAGUAAAAUUCCAGCCACCAUAACAGACUAAAAAUUAGAUUGAUGCCUAAAUUCUUAAGCUAGGCUAAUUAGCAUCCUUUUUAGAGCGAAAGCUAGGUUGGGUCCGAAUUCCUUCACUACUCACUACAAUAGUGAACUAUAUAGAGUUUUGGCAAUCUUGUAAAACUGUCCGAUUCCAAAAUUGAGUGCCCAAGAAACUUCUCAGAAUUCUCUGCAAAAGACCAAUGGGUAACUAUGGACAAUUUUGGUGGAAAGAAAGUAUUUAAAUUUUUUUUUAAAACCAUAAACAUUGUCAUCAUCAGAACACAGGGAUACAAUGUCUUUUUUUUAAAUGCACAUAUAUAAUAGGUUUUUACUUUGUGACAAGUUAUAUAGGCUGGAGUCGCUACGCUAUCUUGUUGCGUACCCAAAGUUGAAUGCCAUAUUGGAAAGGUACAGAUCACUGCAAACUGCAAACAGAGCUGGAAAAACAAGAAUGUGACUUUUCAACAAGAAAUUAUUACUGUCAGCUAAUAAAGGAGUGAGCUUACUUGCAGUAAAUGUAUAGUCUGAUCUUGUAGUCAACUUUAGUCAGUCUUUAAGUCAACUGUAGCAUUAAACCCGUUGAUUUGAAGCAAAAACUAACCAGGAUUUUCUCAGUCGCGGUAAGCAAAGACUGCAAGGUACAUAACCCCCGAUGCGGCGCUUCGCGACCGCCUCCGCCUUGGUGAACCCCAGCCGCUGCAUGCUUUACGGCGCCUGCCCCUGGGACCUUACCGCACAAGGGCCGAGUAAGGUGCUAACUGCGCCCUCUCCCCUGUCUGUAGAGGGACGGUGCCCCCCCAAAUUCUGUCGACCGGGGCAAACUGCUAACAGUGCACUCCGAUCGUGUUGCGCAGCCCCUGGCAGGAACCGGCUCUUGGAGAAUGGUAACAGGCUAGUGUAGCAUCUCUAGCAAUGUAACUCAUUGGUGAAAUCAGUGUUUUCGUAUGUGCCAAUAAAAAAAAAAGGUGAA